UUUUUUUUUUCCCUUCCUCAAAGUCAGAGAGGAAGUCAAAGUACCGGUGGGGGGAUAGCAGGCGGGUCAGCGCGCACUCAAACCAGCCUUUUACUGCGCCGUUAUCCGUCACAGAAAACCGAUUUUUCCUCGUGAAAAUGAUCACGUGCGUGCAAGGGAUGCUGUCUCUGUCGCUCCUGGUGACGUUCGCCGCCUGCAACGCUCCUCCGGUCCCGUUAGACGACGUCGUCGUGGAGACGACCUUCGUGCCGGAGCAGUGCGCGCGCGCCGUCAAAGUCGGGGACUUCGUCAGGUACCACUACAUCGGCACGUUCCCGGACGGCAAGAAGUUCGAUUCGAGCUACGACCGUGGGAGCACCUACAAUGUGUUCGUUGGCCAGAAGCAGCUGAUUGAAGGGAUGGACAAAGCUCUGGUGGGGAUGUGUGUCAACCAGAGGAGUCUGGUGAAGAUCCCACCCCAGCUCGCCUACGGCAAACGAGGAUACGGUGACAUCAUCCCUCCUGACUCCAUCCUCCACUUUGACGUUCUGCUGCUGGACGUGUGGAACCCGGAGGACGGCGUCCAGAUCAACACGUACCAUUUGCCCCCCGUCUGCUCCAGGAAGGUGGAGGUCUCUGAUUUCGUCCGCUACCAUUACAACGGCACUCUGCUGGACGGGACGCUCUUCGAUUCCAGUCACACUCGCAUGCGCACCUACGACACCUACGUGGGGAUCGGCUGGCUGAUCGCCGGCAUGGACCAGGGGCUUCUGGGAAUGUGCGUYGGAGAGAGGCGCAUCAUCACGAUGCCUCCGUCGCUCGGCUACGGGGAGAACGGAGACGGCAGCGACAUCCCAGGUCAGGCGUCUCUGGUGUUUGACGUUGUUCUUUUGGACCUUCACAACCCCAGAGAUGGAAUCACAGUGACCAAUCAGAUCUUACCGGAGUCCUGCACGAGGAAGACGGUYGUGGGGGACUUUGUGCGUUACCACUACAACGGGAGCCUCCUGGAUGGGACAUUUUUUGAUUCCAGUUACUCCCGAAAUCGAACCUAUGACACRUAUGUGGGUCAGGGUUACAUCAUCGCCGGCAUGGAUGAGGGUCUGAUUGGAGUCUGCGUUGGCGAGAGACGCACCAUCACCAUCCCGCCACACCUCGGCUACGGAGAGGAGGGCACAGGCUCUAAAAUCCCCGGUUCUGCUGUCCUCGUGUUUGACGUCCACAUCAUCGACUUCCACAACCCCUCCGACAGCACGGAGGUCACCGUCACUUACAAGCCGGAGGAGUGUGAGAAGCAAAGCAAAAAGGGCGACUUCAUCAAAUAUCACUACAACGCCUCUCUGUURGACGGAACGCCCAUCGACUCCACCUGAUGAAGUUCCAGGAAGUGCUGUGAUGGUUUUUGACGUUGAGAUGGUGGAGAUGGAGGAGGGACUCCCCGAAGGCUACAUGUUCAUCUGGAACGAGGAGGUGUCGCCGGACCUUUUUGCAGAGAUGGAUAAAGACAAGAACAAUCAGGUGGAGCCGUCAGAGUUUACCGACUACAUCAUACAGCAGGUAAAGGAGGGUAAAGGCCGCCUGGCUCCCGGCUUCGACCCCUACCGCAUCAUCGACAACAUGUUCUCCAAUCAGGACCGCAACGGAGACGGAAUCAUCACCGAGGCAGAGUUCAAACUCAAGGCAGACGAAGCUGCGAGUCAUGAUGAACUAUGACGGAACUGGGGGGGAUAGGAAAAUGGGGUAGAAACGGGAGGGGGAGGGGUUUAGCUUCUUUUAUGUUGUGGACUAAUCUGAUGAUCAAAAGAGGUCAAGACGAAGGAGAGAAAGGGGGGGCGGGUCUAGGGAUGUAAAAGAUAAAUUAGGUAGAAAAACUUUAACUAGAGGACUGUGAUGGCAGCAACUUUUUUUACCUCCUUGUUCAUCAAGUCCUUGUUUUAUUUUAUUUUGAAGGGUAUGAAAGCACUCCUGUGUGAACGAACACCUUAAACCCCAUUCAUUUGACUUUUUCCGUGUUACUGUUCAACUUUUUGAUGUUUGACUGACGUCUUCCAGGAUUAUUGAGACAUGAGUAUGAAGACACAGAGCAGAAAAAAAAGCUGUUUUGUUUCUGUGGAUUCACACUUCCCACAGUUUUUGAUUUGUGUUUACUGCUGAUCGGAAUCCUCCACGUGACACUGGAAGGCCUGAUGUCUUCACGUGUUGUCAGGGCUUUAAAAUCCUUUCGGUCGCUUGUUUUUGGCUCCAGAUCUCAGCCGCAGGUGAAAAUGUGGUGCGUGCUACACUUGUUGUGUCUUCAUGUGUAUGUGUGUGAAAGAGAAAUUUAUGUGUGAUUCUUUCUUUUUUAUCAUAUUGUAUUCACAAAAAAGCUUUUGAUUGUGCCUUCUUGAAAGUUCCUCCAAUUAAAUGACCCUACCUGAAUUA